GCUUUGUCGGCGCUGGAAGCGUGGUGACACUUGCGGGCUGCCCCCAGAACACUCUACGCAAAAAGCUGUAUUUCACUGUGUGUUUUGAUGUACAGAUAUCUUACCGACACCUUUCUCAAGAGUGGUGACCAUCUGGAACGAGCUGUCAGAGGAGGUGGGCGGCGAUUUCCAGAGUGGGGCUCGAGUGGCGAAGAGGUGUUACUGCGAGCUGGAGAUGUCGGACGGAGCCUUCCCCUGGCCGCGGUUUGAGCAGCUGUAUUCGCUCAGCGGGAACUGCAGCCAGAAGCUGAACGUCGAGCAGUUCAAGGAACCCAUUGAUAUUAUUGCUGACGUGAAGCAAAGACUGCAGGAGCUUGUGCAGCGGAUUAAUGCACUUGAAGAAGAAUAUGAUGGUGAUCUGUACAGUAUUGUCUCAUUUCGGAUAAUAGAGAUCGAAUCCGCUGAGCUGACUGACUUACUUAACCAACUUCAAGAAAUGAAAUCCAAGAACCAAGGGAUUAUGGAUGAUCUUGUUGUGAAGGUGCAAAAUAUUACCAACGAAGUGGAUGAAUUAGAGAGAUACGACCGACUUAAAGUAGUACAAGAGCACAGAAAAAGCAUGAUCCUGAAAAGGAGUCUGUCUUCUUGCCAGAGUGCACUGUUAGUAACACCGACACCCCCUGUCACUGCACAUCCAGGUUCUUGUUCAUUUGGAAAAUUAGUGGGAGUUUCUCACCCAAAGAGUUCAAUGCUCAAUCAUUAUGGGUCAUCCUACCGAUAUGGUUCUUGGGGAAUGGACCCAUGGCCGGCUCUUGGAAAAGAGGAUCAAUACUGGCUGACGAUUCUGUCUAGUAGUAAUAGAUAUGGGAAUAAGAUCCGUGUUUUCAGUUCUUAUAGAAAAUUUCUCACCCACAGUGGUGCUGUUGAUGUGACUUUUAAAACCCAUAAUGCUCAAGGCUCUGGUGGGACAAUGUAUAAAGAUGCUUACUAUUACAACUGCUACAAUUUGGAUCAGCUCUGCAGGUUUGAUAUGACCACACAGGAGAUUUUGUCUGUCAAACUGCCUUAUGCUGGUUUUAAUGACAAGUUUCCAUACUGCACAGCUUCUUCCUGUUAUGGGUACUCGGACAUGGAUCUGGCAACAGAUGAAAAUGGGCUCUGGGUACUUUAUGCAACUGAGCUAAAUUAUGGAAACCUGGUCAUCAGUCAGCUCAAUGCAACUGACAUGUCAUUACUCAAAAGCUGGAACACCACUCUGUACAAACGAUCAGCAACCAAUGCCUUUUUGGUGUGUGGCAUUGUGUAUGCCACCAGAUAUGUGAGCUCUGAGGUUGAAGAGAUAUUUUAUAUGUUUGACACGACCACUGGAGUUGAGCAGAAUAAUUUAGCUAUCCAGUUCCGAAAAGUCUCACCUGGCAUCCAGUACAUUAACUACAACCCGCGAGAUAAAUUGCUGUAUGUGUAUAGCGAUGCCUAUGUUGUUAGUUACAGUUUAUUCUUUUCAUAAACUGUACUGAGAUUUAUGAGACUAAUGCAAUGAGAGGAAACAUGUCCUAAUCUAGCUAGCAGCAGGAAAUAAUAUGAAUUAAAAUGUUUUGGACUGCUUUCUAAGAGUGUACCUGGCAAUUCUUUGGAGCAGCUUUGUGGAAAAACAAGCAAAUGAAUUACUUCAAAAUUUGUUUUAAAACUUUAUGUACUACUUUGCAUCAGUUUUCAGAUUGGUAUUUGUAUCAAAAAUGCCUAACAAUGAUAAAAUCUCAGCUUGUAUAUUUUGAGAAAUAAUAUUAGAUUUUGCAAAUGAUCUAUUACUACCUGUUGCUUUGAAUGUGAUACAAAAUGCAGGGUACAAGUAGGAAAGCAAACUGAGAUCGAAAACACAAGGUUUAUGGCAUUUGGCAUAACUGGUUAUAUCUUGGACACUGUAUUUUGUCAUUUGAAAGCUUCACUGAAGCCUUCCUUUCAACCAACUACAUUAAAGGUUUGCUGCUUAAUCAUCAUUAUUCUGUCUUAUGGAGAAUUUAUAAGUUGUUAAACCAUGUUUCUAAAAAGCAUUUAAAUAUUAAA